AUGGGGACUCUUCAAUGGCCCUUACUGUCCGUACUGGUACUGGGACUGGUGUCCAGUGUGGUGCGCUGCCUUCCUGCUCCGGGCCGGCAGAACCGCACCUCGGACCCACACUGGAGCUUCUACUCGCGUUCGUUGGGUCGGAUUCACGCGGAGAAGAAAGAAACCUCCCGGGACCGUGACUAUCUCACAGGAAUCAAAAGGCUACGCCGUCUUUAUUGUAAUGUUGGCAUUGGAUUUCACAUCCAGGUUUUGUCAGACGGAAGGAUCACCGGGGUACACAGUGAAAAUCGAUAUAGUAUUCUUGAAAUUUCUCCAGUGGAAAGAGGGGUUGUGACCCUGUUUGGAGUCCGGAGCCGGCUGUUUGUGGCCAUGGACAGCAAAGGGAAGCUGUAUGGAUCUGGUCAUUUCAACAAUGAAUGCACGUUUAAAGAAAAACUUCUGGCAAAUAAUUAUAAUGCCUAUGAAUCAAAAGUGUAUCGAGGGCUGUACAUAGCCUUGAGCAAAACUGGCAAAACAAAAAGGGGAAACAGAGUUUCACCAGCAAUGACAGUAACACAUUUCUUGCCAAGACUCUAA